GUAAAGGACCACAUGCUGGUGGUUGAACACGCAAAGCGCUAAAGAGAGGAGGAGCGUCAGAUGGUGUCACCGUGCGCGGGUUAUGACUCCAUGGCUGACAAGGGGAUGUGGUCCAUGGUUGAGGGGAGUUGUACGGCCCAAGAGCACGGCGACGGUCAGAACAGAUACAUGGCUCGCAUUCGCCGCAGGCACGGUUGCACGACCGUUCUUGGUUGGGUCCCGGUCGUAUGUCCCAUGACAUAUGAGCAUGGUGGAGACGUUACCAUGAGAUUCAGAGACCCGCUUGGUAUGUCUUUCCAUCUGACCUACUCAGAUGGACUCCUGCGAGACAUUCGGUAUCUACCGAAGAAUGACUUGGCAGGUUCAGUGCAGCCAGGCAAGAGGACAAAGAAGCGCUCAGAAAUUUUCCGUUUGUCUGCUGAGGUGGAGGGCCCAUGUGGUCCUGGUCGCGUCAGGGGGUGCUCUGCAGCACAGGGUGACAUGGUCGGGCCGAGCGAUGUCGUGAUGUCGCAGAGCCCAGGGAAGAUGAAGAAGUGCACGUCGGGACCGCCACGUGGGCAGACGCCCGCAGGCAGAAAGAAGGUGAACCCGAAGGCGGUGUCAGCGACCAGAGACACCGCAGGUGCACGAACUCAGGUCUCCAGACGCUGUCGACGCCCAGGGAUGGCAACUUUGUCGGAAAUCAAAAAGUUGCAACGAUUCACCGACCUUUGCUUGGCUUUCAGGUCGUUCUUGCGUUUCGUGCGCGAGGUUGUGGAGCAGGACAUUGCUCCGAGUAUGGGCGUGAGGUUUCAGAUGAUGGCGGUGCGUGCUUUGAUGGAGGUUGUCGAGGCGUACCUGGUCGCCAAUUUCGAGAACACCAACGAGGUGGCCAUCCAUUCGAAGAGGACAGCAACGAGAGAGGAGCUAGUGUGUUCCGAUAUCUUCAAUGCUUUCACAAUGAAGAAAGAACAGUGUGAUCGUAGAUUUGAAGAGGCCGAAUUGCCAAGUUGUUGUGCAGAGUACACAGACAGUGCAGAAGAAGAAGAUGAAGAAGAGGAUGAGGGGGCAUCAUCUUCUGACGUGGAAGUGAGCGGCAACGAUGUCAGCAGCGACGAGGAAGACGAGGAAUAUGAUGUAUGCUGUGAUUUGAAGGCGGCGGGUGGACAAGUGACGAAAGAGUGGGCGCAUGCAAUUCUGAGGUUGGCACGUGCUUUUCUCGAUCCGCACAAAGUGUUGCGUGUUGUGAUGAAGGGGGCAACACCAGACGGUGCACUACAGUAUGCCGCAGUGACCAACAUAAUGAAAUCAUGCAACAAGGGAAAAAAGCGGUUACGUGUUGGCAAGGGAUGGUUUGUUCUAGUCAAUAGAGAGGCUGUGCUAACAACGUCACUGACAUGGGGAGUCAACCUGAGUUGCCUCAGACACGGCGCAACGGCGACAGCUUGGGGAGAGACAUUGCACCCCGGCUCUUCUACAAGAGACGCAAUAAAAAUGGACAGCGGUCCACGGGUGUGCGACUGUGGCAGGCUUUUCAUAUCAUUACGAACUUUGAACUCACAUCGUGCGAGGGCAUGCCCGACCGUGGAGGACGAAAGAACACAUGGCCAGGAGAUGGGUGUGGUCGAUGACGUCGGACCAUUAAGUAUAGGUGCAGUGAAUCUCAUGAGCGAUGAGAGCGAGGAUGUCGGGGCCCCCGAGAAUGUAGACGGGGAGGGCGGGACAUUCGAAGAGCAGCAACCGCAACCUGUCGAGUCUUUUGACAGCUCUCGCAAGUUGGCGGCACUGAUUUUCUUCGUUAAGGGCGGCGUCGGUAUGUCGCAGAGCGACAUAGAUGCUCUCUUGUCACUUUUCACAGACCCGAGAUUCAGCACGAGAGACAUCGCGUAUCGUAAUAGUCGAGAGUGUUUGACAUGGGCAGGGAGUCUAGAAAAGGCUGCUGGAUGGAAAAAGUUGGAUCUACGUUGUGACGAUUGGCCACGGGAUGCGCACGCCAUCUUGUGGCACCACAAUUGGCGAAUGAGAUUUCUGUCAAUUUUUCAUAUCGCAUUACAGAAAUGCGAGACGGUAUCUUCUCUAGAACUGUCUCCGCAGUCAGAGCACCUCAGUAUAUCCGGCCAACGCAGUGGGGUGCUAAGUUAUCACAUCCAGUCGAUCAGUCGAGCGGAUAAAGGUGUGGACGAGAAUGGUAAUCCACGUUAUGUUAUCCCUCUUUCAUUGUAUUCCGACAAGACACAUACAGACGGUCAUCAAAAACAGACGGCGUACCCUCUGAUGAUGUCACUAGCCGACCACGCAUCCGAAGCCACGCUGCUGGCCUAUCUUCAUGUGCUUCAUAAUCGUCCACGUGACAAAGGAUGGGGUCUGCAGUCCACCGCAUUCAGAAAGCGAAAGGCCAUCAUUUUGCACAAGGCCCUUUCGGUGGUGUUGCAGUUUGCGAAGGAGGCAUCUCAUGACGGAAUAAUGAUACCGACAACACGAUUUGGGACAUAACUGUCCACCCUUUCCUCCUCAACUAUAUCCAGGACCACCCAGAAGUAUGUGCGAUUGCAAUUGUGAAGUUCCGUGUAUGUACGAC